AUCAGCUAUUGUGUACGAUCUGUCUAUGUUUUGUUAUUUUAUGUAUUUUUUAUCAAAUAAACGUCCGGAAUAUCAUUGAUCAAAUCCAAGAGGAUAUACUGCAUUCAACUCAUUAAUUGCGAAUUGUGCAAUCACAAAGAUAAAGUGUGAAAUUUCAUCAAAAAUUGUCACAAACGCCAGAGAUCUAGAGGAAUAACCUCACAUUUGGGAAAAAUGAUUGGAAAUUGGCGCCAGACUUUAUCCAACUACUGGACGAAUACUCAAGUUGCGACGGAGAAAACGCUGCAAUCGGUGAAAGAUGAUUUCGAGUGCAGCGGAAUGGUGUUUGACGACAAGUUUAAGGAAUACUUUCUACGUACAACGAAUGCUCGAGUCGUUCAAGUGUAUGAAGGAUUCAUCUUGGAAGUUCAAUUCAAUCCCGAGCCAACCAACAAAAAGACAACCACCGAUGCAAGCGGUGAGACUGAAAUAAAUCAAUCGCAUAAUUGCCAGCAGACUGACUCAAUUCUACCAACAAUAAGUCAAGAGGUAAAUGCACUCGGCGAUCGGCCACGAAAUUUGCCAUUUUUAACACCCUUUUAUGAUGAAACAAAUGGAUCUGAAGAACGCGUGCCGAACAAUAAAACGUUCCAAGUACAUUCCACAUUUGUGGAUGAAAACAUCGAUCCGAAAAAUGCCACUGAAUCGAUCGAAGCAAUGAUUGGCAACCAACCAAUUUCGACCGUUCAACUCAACGAGUCUCAAGCGACUAUUCUGAGUGAAAAUGGUCUGAAUGGAAACGAAAUUGACAGGGAUAAUCCAAUCGAAACAUCGAACAAAAUACUGACAAUGGCUUAUCAAAAUUCUGUGCAUCCAACCGAUCCGAUUGUACAAGGGGUAGAUCCAGAGACAAAUGGAGUCACCCAUUGCCUAGAAAUGAAUAAUUGUAUAAAUGAACAUCAAGCAAUGUCAGCUUUGACCCCAAUCCAUGAAUUAUCUGCAAUACAAUUCCCAGGCGAUGAAACACUUCAACGAUUUGUGUCGUUUGUGAGCAACAACAUUGAUGAGAACAAUGACACAGCAUCGGUCCGAGAGAUGCUCGGCAGUGAAUCAUUUUUCGCUCAAGUCAACGUAAUUCAAGCGAAUGCUUUAAAUGAAAAUAGCCUGAAUGGAAACGAAAUUGGCAGUGACAAUCCAAUCCAAGCUUCGAAUAAAGAAAUAGCAAUUGAUAGUCAAGCACAGAGCAUUUCUAUGCAGCCAACCGUCGAUUUGAUUGCAUCAUCGGUGGCGCCAGAAUUAAAUGACGGAGCCAAUCUUCCUGGCGUGAAUGAACAUCAAUCAAUGCCAGUCAUAACAACAUUUCAUGAAUUAUCUCAAGCACACAUCCUAGUCACAGCUCCGCUUGGAGUAAUACUCGGCAACGACAUGAUGUCCGUAGAAUUUGACGAGCCUCAAGUCACUCUCACGGAUAAAAUUGGCAUUAGUGAAGAUGAUAUACGAAAUAGCACAGCUGUCAAUGGAGUAACAAAGACAAACGUUCAACCAGAUUCAGCCAUCAGUGAAAGUGACGACAUUAUUGUAACGAAUGCCUCAGAACUGGAGGUGAUACACGUCGAUCGACCAAAUAAUCUACCAGUUGUUGAUUUAAUAAUUGAAAAUGCCGAAGUACCUCCAGAAAAGGCAAGCAAUCAAGCCAAUCGAAAGGACGUAAAGCAAGUGAAGGCGAACCAACGAAAGAGAAAAAUUGCUAGCGAAACGACAUCGAAUGACAAUUCGAAGAAGAAACGGAAGAUUGAACCACUUUCAGAAUCAACACUGAUUGAUGUGGCGUCAAUGGGAGAAACAAAGAGUUCGAAACAAUCAAAGAAAGUACAACGGAAUGAAACCAAAUCAGUUGGUGUACAACUGAAUGGAUCGACAUCAAAUGGGAAAUCUAAAACAAAAUGUGAGUUUUGUAAUUAUGUGACUACACGUCCGUCACAUCUGAUAAUACAUAGACGCAUUCACACUGGCGAGAAACCAUUUGAAUGCAAAAUUUGUGUAAAAGGAUUUACUCGUAAAGAUGCUCUGAAAACGCACAUGCGAACUCACGCAAAUCAAUUUCCAUUCCAUUGCUCGAUUUGUCGACAAGGAUUCGCGGUGAAAUGGGAAAAGGAGACGCACGAGAAAAAUUGUGAUCAACGGCGAUUUGAAUGUUACGUGUGCAAAUAUGCUACAUUAUACAAAACACACUUAGUCACACAUAUGCGCAUUCAUACCGGUGAAUUGCCCUUUAAAUGCAAAAUUUGUGCAAAAGGAUUUGCUCAAAAGGGUGUUCACACAAGGCACAUGAGAACUCACGCAAAUCAAUUCCCAUUCCAUUGCUCGAUUUGUCGACAAGGAUUUGCGGUGAAAUGGGAAAAUGAGACGCACGAGAAAAAUUGUAAUCAACGACGAUUUGAAUGUUAUUUGUGCAAAUAUGCCACAUUGAACAAAGGACACUUAGUCACACAUAUGCGCCUUCAUACCGGAGACAAACCAUUCCGUUGCUCUCAUUGCCCAAAACGAUUCGUCACAAAAUCUCAUUUGAAAUGGCAUCAAAAACGUCAUCAGAUCAAAACCAAAUGAUUUAUGUUACAAACCGAACAGUUAUUUCACUAUUGUUAAAUGUCGAGAGACAAUUUAAAUGUAAGGCAUCUGAUUACAUCACAUGCCAUGUAAACUUUUUCUCUUUAUUCGAAUCGAAAAGUCAUUAUUUGUAUGAAGCACAAAAAAUAAGAUCGGAAAUGUUACAAUGGAUUGUAUUCUAAUUGAAAUGAAUAGAGAAAUAAAAAAAUCAAAGAAAAUUAUUAUGUAAAAUG